UGACGUAGUUUUUAGGGGGAAUUGUUGGAGCGGAUAUACUCGUGUAGUCAAACAGCUUAUAACAACCUUAGAAAUAGGAAUUUGGGGCUUUAUUCAUAAGACGUGAAUAACCAGGGCAGUUAAUGAGGCUUUUGGGUCAUCUGUGAAGUCGUAGGGGACACGGGUAGCCAGAGAUUUUAACACACAGCUCGUGUAACAAAGCAUUUGGCCAGACUGCGCGCUAACGAAGCUAACAGUUCCUUAUACUUUCAGAGCCACACAAAGGAAAUGCCGUCGACUGGUGUGAGAUCAACAACGUAAAACUUGAGUUUUGUAAGGACAGUGUUAUCUCCAAAUACCUGGCAGCAUAACAAGCAUUAGCAGAACUUGUAGACAGUGUAUUAUCAUUUGUUAAAACAAGCACCUCAGACUGGACCAGCGCUAUUGGACCUGUCAGUUUCGUUGGUGUUUGAGCUAAUAAUUUCUUAAUCGUUCACUGCGUACAUAACACUGGUUAAGUAUUGUGUGAAGAUCGAAGCUGCCAUUAUGGCGAAAUGCCCAAACAGUCGUAUCUUAUUAAAAGAAGGUAGCUAACUAGCGAGCUAGCGCACUUAGCCCGCCUGCUUUAGUGGAGGAGAGUUAAUUUUUUUUUUAUCUCUUAUCUCUUUAAUCAGAGCUGUUUACGUUUUAGACUUGAAGGCGAAGUGCUUUUAAAGUAGUUGUAGGUCAUAAAUAGUUUCCGACAAAGUUAACACUGUAAAAUAAGGCACCGUUAGCAUCGAGCUAGUUAGUUAGCCGAGCUAUUCAUCCACUUAAAGUGAAAGGAACCGGACAGAUCGGGUGGCUAACAAUGGCAGCGCCAACAAACGAGGCCUUGUUUCUGAUAAAGGACGUAAAGCCCGGCUCCAAAAAUCUGAAUAUCGUGUUCAUCGUGUUGGAAAUAGGACGAGUGACCAAGACGAAGGAUGGCCACGAGGUGCGCUCGUGCAAGGUGGCAGAUAAGAGUGGCAGCAUAGCCAUCUCCGUGUGGGAUGAACUGGGGAGCCUCAUCCAGCCUGGGGACAUCAUCAAGCUCACCAGAGGCUAUGCGUCCAUAUGGAAAGGCUGCCUCACCCUGUACACUGGAAGAGGAGGUGAUCUCCAGAAGAUUGGAGAGUUUUGUAUGGUGUAUUCAGAAGUGCCCAACUUCAGUGAACCAAACCCAGAGCUGAUAGCCCAAGCAAACCAGCAGAACAAGCCUGGUAAACCUGAUCAGAAUCAGAGGGGGAACUCUCCACCAAAUCAGAAUUCAGGUACAGCCAACCCACCAGGUAACGGUGCCAUGCCACCAUUCGCCAACAACAACAACCCGUCAUCCGGCGGCAACUCCCGCGACUCCGGGUUCGGGAGCGCCGGGCGACCCAAUGGUCGGUCGCCCGGCAACGGAGGGCCUCAGAGCGCCGCUGCCGGACCGCCGUCAACCACAAAGUCCUCAGUUACCAUUAGCAACGGCAGGGACCCACGACGUGCCAAAAGAUGAGUGGGUGUUGGCGGGAGGAGGAGGAGGAGGAGGAGGAGGAGGGGGGGGCGGGGGCGGGGGGCUUUAGGGGGGAGGAUCGUGUGAGAAAACCAUCAUUUCCCCUCUUUUUUUUUAAACCCCCCUGCCCCGUCUCCGCCACAGCCUACGUCGUCUUUCACAAUAAAUUACGUUGGGGACUACGUGCGUGCGUUUUUUAAUACGGGCUAACAGUCGAAUGUGUUGUCGGUCAUGCGUAGUGCGAGGAGUGCUUUCAGUAAUCAUUCUGAUCUUGAUGCACUGUUGGAAUUUCGUACAUCUUUCAGCUCAAAGUAUGAGUCUCACCACAAAUUGCCAGCUCUGUGCCAGUGUUACCCCCCCCCCCCCCCCCCCCCCCCCCAACAUCCCUCACGCCAGCCUGAUUGCCUUCCCCCCCUCUUGCGUUCUUUCAAACUACACACCCUACUUGAACACUUGAUGCACUUUCUUCUUUUUAUUUAUGUUGAGGCUUAGCUAGUCGUUUAGAUCAGGGGAACUUUAUCUUUUGUUUUUGUUUUGGUUUUUUUUUUUGUUUUUUUUAUUCAGUAGAGGAAAAGGCCUUAAGUUUGUCAGAUCAAGCUCGUGGACUGAAACGCUCAUGAAAUCCUUCAAGAGUUUUGUUUUCCCCUCGCUGAACCAAACUGCAUCCAAAGUGACUUUGUGAAAGAUACGGUGUUAGGCAGGUCGACAUCAACAAGUUUUAUUUUUUAAUUAUUCAUUCAAAAUGUGUUUUUUUUUUUUUCCUUUGAUUCUCCAUCAUCUGUACCUCUUUAUCUAGGUGGGACCACUUAAAUACUUGCAUAAACGGUUCACCAAAUAAAACUUAGAGUAAAUUUGCUGCCACUUUUUUGUUUUUUUGUAGUCUGUAUGAGACUUUCAGUUAUGAUUAAUAUCAAUAAAACAUGCCAUGCUGGUCACACUGCG